AUUUGGGUUUGGGAUUUGGGCUUGGAGGAGGGAUGGGGCCGUAGAGGAAAGGGGGAGAAGGAAUAAAUCUAGUCUUACCCGAUCGAUUAGGCGAUCGUUUGUGCUGUAUCGGGCUAUGAAAAAGGCAAGAUAAUGCAUUCGGCAGCAAAGCCAUUUCUGGCACCGUCUCCCUACGCAAUUGUUUAGGUAUAAGAGGUGACGCGGGAGUCUCACAGCCUGCCACCUGCUCCCCCAGGGACGGUCGUCAGAACCUCCAAAGCUCUAGCUUCUAAAGCGAGGCGUUUAGAGCUGAAGUUUCGAAGGGAAGUCAAUUGCCUGGAGUCCCGGGGAAGCAGCCUUCGCGGAGGAAGCAGGACCUGGGAGGGCUCCUGCCGCCGCCGCUGCCGCUUCCACCCGCCGGUUCCCUGGCCCCGUGCCUAAGCCUCCCGGCACAGCGCCCCCGAAAGCGCCAGGCGACCCGGCCUCCUCUGCGUCUUCAGCCCCCAAUGCAAAUCGCGGAUGAUCUGGUUAUCCUAAAGUGACCACGGUGGUUAUUGGGGGGCUUGGUUGUGUUGGGUUCCUUACUACGCCUCCCUCGGUUGCUGCAAGGGAGAGGGUUCAAGGGAAAUCCUAGUGAAAUGCACUGAUGGAAUACUAUUAAUCCUAAUGAACAUGUUCCCAACGCAGGUAACUCUUAAAGAACCGAGAGUGGGAAGAUCAGAGCAGGAUUUCCGAAGCGGUGGCCUCUUGAAUUCUCAUUGGAUCCUUCCCAGCAGCCUAAAUCACUCUUGCUGCUGUAUCAGGAUGACUCCAGCCUCGCUCCCUAGUUCUCUCUUUAUCCCGCUGUCUUCAACACAUCCUUUUACUUAUCUUUGCAGAUUUAUCGGUAGUCCACCUCCUGGUCUCUGGGGUUACACAGCUUCUAUUUUUCCCCACUGUAUGGGGCUGUACAGUCCGUAAAAUUUCACUUUGUCUGCCUAAGGCUCACCACAAAUAAGCCCCCUCCCACUCCCCCUAAAAUAAAAGGCACCUCUUUCACACUUUGCUUCCCUCCCUUGGGGCUUCCUGGCUCUGCGUGUAACUUGUUUUUACUUGGUAUGCCACCAGGAACUGCUGAUUAUUUCAAAGUUGCACCACCCUGAAGCUCAUCACUUUACCUUGGUUUGGAAGAUCAUGGAAUAUCUGUUGGCAUCUUGGAUGUAUUUUUCUCAUAGUCAUCUUGCUUCCUGAAAUUUCCUCUGCCUGGUCGUCCUGACUGACAAGUGCCAUCAGCGCCCGAGACUUCAGCUGAAGAAACGAGGGGCUUACCAUAAUUCACCAAUUCAAACAUCCUCUUUGGAGGACUGCUGCUUUUGCGCAGGAGUGGAGGGAGGGAAGGAAAAAAAAAAACAACCCAACUUUCCGUGCAGUCAGAUCUUUGCUUCUUAACCUAGUCUACUCCAGUAAGGCACAGACGUCAGGUACUUAGGUGUUGAGGGAAAGCUAAGAGAAUGAAGGCUCUAAGUCCCCAGUGGAAGCAUGAUAUGGCGGAGCAGAGCUGGUGCUGAAUUGUUCUCUCUGAUGGCUCUAUGGGAGUGGAUAGCACUGAGUCUUCAUUGCUGGGUUUUAGCAGUUGCUGCUGUUUCGGAUCAGCAUGCCACAAGCCCCUUCGACUGGCUCCUCUCUGAUAAGGGACCCUUCCAUCGUUCACAGGAAUACACAGAUUUUGUGGACAGAAGCCGGCAGGGAUUUAGCACAAGAUACAAGAUAUACAGGGAGUUUGGCCGCUGGAAAGUAAAUAACCUUGCAGUUGAGAGAAGAAAUUUCCUUGGCUCCCCUCUGCCUCUUGCCCCUGAAUUCUUCCGCAACAUAAGACUUUUGGGACGUCGACCUACCCUUCAGCAAAUCACAGAAAACCUUAUCAAGAAAUAUGGGACACAUUUCUUGCUAUCUGCUACUCUGGGAGGAGAGGAGUCACUCACAAUUUUUGUGGACAAGCGGAAGCUGAGCAAACGAUCUGAAGGAAGUGAUCCCAGCACCAACAGCUCCUUGGUCACUCUGGAGACGCUACAUCAACUAGCUGCUUCCUAUUUCAUUGACAGGGACAGCACCCUUCGGAGACUUCACCACAUUCAAAUUGCAUCCACUGCCAUAAAGGUAACAGAAACACGGACGGGUCCUCUUGGCUGCAGUAACUAUGACAACCUAGAUUCUGUCAGUUCUGUUCUGGUUCAGAGUCCUGAGAAUAAGAUUCAGUUGCAAGGGCUGCAAGUACUCCUUCCAGACUACCUUCAGGAGCGUUUUGUACAAGCAGCUUUGAGCUACAUUGCUUGCAAUUCAGAGGGAGAGUUUAUCUGCAAGGACAAUGACUGCUGGUGUCAGUGUGGUCCCAGAUUUCCAGAAUGCAACUGCCCCUCCAUGGACAUUCAAGCCAUGGAGGAGAAUCUUCUUCGCAUAACUGAAACCUGGAAAUCCUACAACAUCGACUUUGAGGAAUCAGAUGAAUUCAAGUUCUUUAUGAAAAGGCUACCCAUGAAUUAUUUCCUCAACACGUCUACCAUAAUGCAUUUGUGGACAAUGGACUCUAAUUUUCAGCGCCGCUAUGAACAACUGGAGAACAGCAUGAAGCAACUUUUCCUAAAGGCACAGAAAAUUGUACACAAGCUCUUUAGCCUUAGCAAGAGAUGUCAUAAACAACCCCUCAUCAGCUUGCCAAGACAAAGAACCUCAACCUACUGGCUCACUCGCAUCCAGUCUUUUCUCUACUGCAAUGAGAAUGGGCUCCUGGGCAGCUUUUCAGAAGAGACGCACUCGUGCACGUGUCCCAACGACCAGGUGGUCUGCACGGCCUUCCUGCCCUGCACGGUGGGCGACGCGUCCGCGUGCCUCACCUGUGCCCCUGACAACCGCACCCGCUGCGGCACCUGUAACACGGGCUACAUGCUCAGCCAGGGGCUCUGCAAGCCCGAGGUCGCCGAGUCCACCGAUCAUUACAUCGGCUUCGAGACCGACCUGCAAGAUCUCGAGAUGAAGUACCUGUUGCAGAAAACGGACAGGCGACUAGAGGUCCAUGCCAUCUUCAUCAGCAACGACAUGCGCCUCAACAGCUGGUUCGACCCCUCCUGGCGGAAGCGGAUGCUCCUCACUUUGAAGAGCAACAAGUACAAGUCGAGCCUGGUCCACAUGAUCCUGGGUCUUUCUUUACAGAUUUGCUUAACUAAAAACAGCACCCUGGAGCCGGUGUUGGCCGUUUACGUCAAUCCCUUCGGAGGCAGCCACUCUGAGAGCUGGUUUAUGCCUGUGGAUGAAAACAGCUUCCCCGACUGGGAGCGGACUAAGCUGGACCUCCCCCUGCAGUGUUACAACUGGUCGCUGACUCUGGGGAACAAGUGGAAGACAUUUUUUGAGACAGUGCACAUCUACCUGAGGAGUCGCAUCAAGUCAAAUGGCCCCAACGGCAACGAGAGCAUUUACUACGAACCUCUGGAGUUCAUCGACCCUUCCCGGAACCUGGGUUAUAUGAAAAUCAAUAACAUUCAAGUGUUUGGCUACAGCAUGCAUUUUGACCCGGAAGCAAUUCGGGACCUGAUUCUGCAGCUGGACUACCCCUAUACUCAGGGAUCCCAGGACUCAGCACUUUUGCAACUUCUAGAGAUAAGAGACCGUGUAAAUAAACUCUCCCCACCCGGUCAGCGUCGUCUAGAUCUCUUCUCUUGCUUGCUUCGUCAUAGACUCAAGCUGUCUACUAGUGAGGUGGUGAGGAUCCAAUCUGCUCUGCAGGCGUUUAAUGCCAAAUUGCCAAACACAGUGGAUUAUGACACGACCAAAUUAUGUAGUUAACCAUAAAUGUCAAGCACAACCCAAAAUCUUGAAGGAGUUUUUACAGUGCUUUUGUGGAACGGUUUAUGUUUGGAAGAGUAAAUUUAAAUUGUCUUUUCAAUAUCUGUCUUAUAUCAGUCAAUAACAUUGGAUGGCAAUUUACACACAUGAACUUGCUGACAAUGAAUAUAUUAUACUGCAGUUUUGGUUUCUGAAUGAAAUAAAUACUGACGCCAGUCUAGAAGACAUUCUACUUUUUACAAUAAAUUUCAUUUGUAAUUUUA